CCCCGAAUCGAACCAGCCUUGAAAACUCCACGCAGCACUACCAUGAGCCUGAGGAGCAAGCACAUCAGACGUCCAGGACUGCACAUGUCCUCAGGGGGCUUCAGCAGCAUGUCCAUGGGAUCCUACUCCAUCCCCAAGAUCAGCACCGGAACUAACCAGGGGGCCCCGAUUACAGCUGUGACCAUCAACAAGGGCCUGCUCACCCCACUGAAGAUAGACAUCGACCCCACCAUCCAAGCAGUCCGCCACCAGGAGAAAGAGCAGAUCAAGAGUCUCAACAACCGCUUUGUCUCAUUCAUUGAUAAGGUAAGACACCUGGAACAGCAGAACAAAAUGCUGGCAACCAAGUGGAAGCUGCUGCAUGGAGAGACUGCCACCUCCUCUAACGUUGAGCCCAUGCUGAAGUCCUACAUCGCCAACCUGCAAAGACAUCUAGAGAUUCUCAACAAUGACAAACACAGGCUUGACAUGGAAAACAACGUCAUGCACCAAAAUGUUGUUGACUACAAGACAAAGUAUGAGCAAGAAAUCAACAAGAGGAAUGAGGCAGAAAAUGAGUUCGUCAUGCUCAAAAAGGAUGUGGAUGCAAGCUAUCUGUCCAAGGUGGAUCUGGACGACAGGUUGUCUGCUAUCACUGAUGAAUUCAACUUCCUCAAGGCUCUGUAUGAUGUGGAGAUGCGUGAGCUGCAGGAGAGCUUAAAGGAGACCUCUGUGGUGGUGCACAUGGACAACUCCCGUGGCCUGAACAUGGAUCAGAUCGUAGGCGAAGUUAAGGCUCAGUAUGAGGACAUUGCUGGCCGCAGCCGUGAGGAAGCUGAAAGUUGGUACAAGAACAAGUUUGACCAGAUGACUGCUGAGGCGGACCAGUAUGGCAAUGAGCUGCGUAGCACCAAGGCAGAAAUAUCCGAGCUCAACCGAAUGAUCAGCCGCCUGCAGAAUGAGAUCCAGGCUGUAAAGACACAGCGUGCCAGUCUAGAGGGUCAGGUUGCCGAAGCGGAGCGCCUUGGGGAGGGAGCCGUGCAGGAUGCCAAGGCUCGCAUCAGGGACCUGGAGCUGGCUCUGCAGAGGGUCAAACAGGACAUGGCUCGCCAACUGAGAGAGUACCAGGAACUUAUGAAUGUCAAGCUGGCCCUGGACAUAGAGAUCUCCACCUACAGGAAACUGCUGGAGGGAGAGGAGGAGAGACUUGGACAGGAGUCUAUUGUCAACAUCCAAACAGUGCCCACCAAAACCAUCUUGGUUAACAACCACCAGGAGCGAAGGUCAGGUCCAGUUCUCAUCAAGACAGUGGAGACCCAUAACAGAUCGUACAUCUGAGGCAGAAAACACUCUGCAAUACGCUAAACUGCUGGAUCACUCAACCCAUUUUACUCUACCUUUACAUAAC